AUGGCUCGAACCAAACAGUCUGCACGAAAAAAUGCCUCUCUCUGUACACCUUCCUCUUCAUCGUCCUCAUACCAAUCCAGAGAGCGUUCUCCCUCUCCACCACCUCGCCCUUCACCACCACACUCAUCUUCCGCCUCUCCAUCUCCUCAAAACAGUCAAGAAGUUCUAAACCUCAUGCCUCUGUCUACCUUUCUUCCACCACUAUACACUCGACCUACACCAAACUACGCUCAAGUGCCUCCCCAUCUUCGCACCAGAAUCACUCCUCCACGCCGCUCCAUGCGCGUCCAGUCUGGCAUUGGAACAUCAAAGUCCAUGAACCCUAAACCUUACUACUUUAUCAUUUCAGACUCUGAGAGUGAUGACUCUUCUGAAUCGUGUCCUCCGGUAGAAAAAUCUCCAACACAAUCUGAACCACAAAGACACCCGAUGCCUACAGUACCAACUCCUCCACCACAAAAUCCACCAACGACUACUAACCCUUCGACACCCUCAAAAUCGGCUUUCUCUUCUGAACCUUCACACGCAACUCCUCCUCAUCAAAAACGGAGAUCGUUAAAUGACAUUGUUUCUCCUUCUCCAAACCAAAAAGAACCACUCUCUCAACCAAAACCUCCAUCUAAACCCAUGAGAACCAAAAACACAAUCACUAUUGCUCAGUUUCUUGCUCGAAAAAAUCUCCCAAAUCCUCAAAGAAAGAAAACGCUUGCCCCAAAACAAAACCUAAAAAACAGUCAAAAACCAAUUUCUCCAGAACAAGAACGUUCUCCAACUGCUCCUUCACAAGAACGUUCACCAUCACAAGAACAUUCUCCAACUGCCCCUCCACCAAAAUCUUCUCCACAAAAGACUUCCAAACGAUCUUCCCCUAUAUCCACAUCCUCUGAUUCUGAACCAUCUCCCCCAACUAAGAAACCAAAACAGAAUGCUCCUCCUCUAAUCUCCCUUGCAAAAUCAAAACUCUUCAAUGAAAAAUGGGCUCAACGCCCAGUUGGGAUAGGAAGAAUCUUUGUUUUUGAUAAUCUUGUUGUGGAUGGCAAUGCUGUUCAGCACCAUACGGAUGCUCUUGGAUGGACUUCAUUCUUAAAGAUCUCUGAAUCUUUUUUCCCAGAUGUUGGAGUGGAAAUCAGAUUGACUCCAGACAUUUUGGCCAACAUCCUUCAGCUUCCAACAGAAGGGCCAUCUGUCUUUGGUGACAACUGGUAUUCAGCUCUGGGUCUUAGAAAGACAGAUGUUUUGGCCGAGCUGUUUGAAGAAAACUCCACACGUUAUUUAGCCACUUACUUAAAGCCUCUUCCUAAAGUCUUCAACAAUAUGUGUCAACAUACUCUACUUCCACACUGUGGAAGUCAUGAGUACGUUUCUGAUAAUGACGCCUUGCUCAUCUAUCAUCUGUUAAACUGCAAGAGAUUGAACUUACCUCAUGUUAUUCUCCAGCACAUGAUCUGUGCAGCCCAGAAAGAUUACAAAAAGAAUACUGUGCCUUAUGGCAUGGUCCUGACUAAAAUCUUCAGGCAUUUUGGAGUAUCUCUUGCAUCUGAAAAAUCCUUGAUCAAAAUUUCCAAAUUUUCCACCAAAAAUUUAUCUCAUAUGCGCAACACCGCCUCUGCUCCAACAACUACUCUUCCAUCAUGUCCCAUCUCUCUCAAAAGGAAGAGAUCAGCCUAA